UGCAAAGGGAAUGCUGCUUAAGAAGAUGGAGAGAAAUGCCUUUAUCGAUAGUCGCGGCAAAAAUAUAGCACGCGCCCUUUACAAAAGUAAGUGACAUCGCACAAAAGCGGAGAAACGGAACGUGGGAGUGAGGAGCGAACUAUGCACCGAGGAUGAUUUCUGCCAGAAAAACUCCGGAGAAGAGUCGCUUCCACCUCCAUUAUUUGGUGUGGCAUAACAAACACCGGCAGCUUGAGAAAGAGCUCUCGGCGCGCGAGCAGGUGGAUUUAGAAGUAUUAGACCCACGGGGUCGGACUCCUUUGCACCUGGCUUUGACGCUAGGCCACCUGGACUGUGCCCGUCUGUUACUCCAACAUGGCGCUGAUGUCUGCAAAGAAAACAGAAAUGGAUGGACAGUGUUACAGGAAGCCAUCAGCACACGUGACCCCGAACUGAUUCGCCUGGCGCUGGGUUACCGUGACUACCAGCGCACCACUAAGCGACUGGCAGGGAUCCCCCGGCUGCUGGAGAGACUCCGACAGACACAGGAUUUUUAUGUGGAGAUGAAAUGGGAGUUUACAAGCUGGGUUCCACUAGUGUCUCGUAUCUGUCCGAGUGACACAUACCGUGUAUGGAAGAGUGGUCAGUGCCUGCGGGUGGACACGACACUUAUGGGAUUUGAACAAAUGACCUGGCAAAGAGGCAAUCGCAGUUUCAUAUUUAAGGGUCAAGACUCCAGUGCAACAGUUAUGGAAGUGGAUCAUGACAGACAGCUGGUGUUUUGCGAGACACUGCCAUGCCUGUCGUCCUCCUCUUCCUCUCCAGCCUCCCCUUCCUCCAGACUCUGCACUAACGCUCUGAGCCUUCUGGGGGCGCCGCAGCCCAGCGACGAACAGGUGGCGGCCCGUCUAUCUGCACCCGUGGUGGCCACGCAGCUAGACACCAAGAACAUCUCCUUUGAGAGGAAUAAAACAGGGAUUCUUAGCUGGCGGAGUGAGAAAACAGAGACUGUGAAUGGGUACGAAUCAAAGGUUUAUUGUGCCUCUAAUGUAGAGUUAAUCACGCGCACACGUACUGACCAUCUCACCGACCAGCACAAAACAAAAGCCAAAGGCGGUAAGACACCUCUGCAGUCAUUCCUGGGUAUCGCUGAACAGCACGUGGGGCCAAACAAUGGCAACACUAUGGUGACUCAGAUAUCGUGCCCUGAUACGAACCCUUCGGCCUUGACAGCUGAGGAAUACUUUAAUCCCAGUCUGAGUCACAGUCCGAGAGACAUCGGCCAGCCCUGUCAUCUCACCACCAAAACACAAAGAUUCAAAGCUAAGCUCUGGUUGUGUGAAUCGCACCCUCUAUCUCUGGCGGAGCAGGUUGCUCCUAUCAUUGACCUCAUGGCCAUCUCCAACGCCUUGUUUGCUAAGCUUCGGGACUUUAUCACCUUACGCCUGCCCCCGGGAUUCCCUGUCAAGAUAGAAAUUCCCAUUUAUCACAUCCUGAAUGCACGCAUCACCUUCGGGAACCUGAACGGCUGUGAGGAUGGUGGAUUGCCCCGGGUGGAUGGUGAGGGGGACGGACAGAAGGAGAGUCCCAGGACUGAGACACCAUCUCCAGGCAGCGAUUCCUCCAGCGUGUCCAGCUCCAGUUCCACAAAUUCAUGUCGUGGAGGGGAGAUUCCAGCAUGUGUGUUUGAAGCUCCGCGGGGAUACAGCAUGUUAGGAGGAAACCAGCAGAACAUAAGAGAGGAAGAAGAUGACCUGCUGCAGUACGCCAUCCAGCAAAGUCUGAUAGAAGCUGGAUCAGAGUUUGACCAGGUGACCAUCUGGGAGGCUUUGACCAACAGUAAACCAGGAACACACAAUCUGUCGAGUGACCCGAGCCGCCUCGAAAGAACCCCACAGCACAAACCCAGUUCCGCAGAGUGCCCUCGCGGCACACCGACCAAUAAGCCACCACGCAGCUACAACGAGCAGCUGCGAUUUGCCAUGGAGCUGUCCGCCCGCGAACAGGAAGAGGCGGAGCUUCGACAAAGACAAGAGGAAGAGGAACUGCAACGUAUCAUACAGCUCUCACUUAUGGAAAAGUGACGAAACUCGGGGGCUGGCGGGAACCGAAGGGUGGGAGGAGCAUGCCUGGGGAUAUAUAACCAACGUGAGCAGCGGUUGAUUGAUUGGUUCAAAUGCCCCGCCCUCUUCUUCCACUGAGCUGCAAACUGGGAAACGGCCCUCUGGGCCAGAAACGCAGAGAAACCUCUGUCCUCACUUUGCAAGUUUACACCCACAAGCAACUUAUCUGGUUAUCCACUGACUAGCACCUAUCCGGUGCUCUACUAUAGUUUGAAUCUGCAUUUAUGAUAAGGACAGCAGGGCUGCGUUGUUGUUGAAAGCUAUCAUCCGUGCACUCAGCCAGAGGCUCUCAGACUAGCUAGUAAAUGGGGAUUUCUGAGGCAAUGUUUAAUUUAGUAACUUUUUUAUUUGACAUGCAUUUUGGUUUUAAAGGGGUAAAAAAUUGGCUGCUCUUGAAAGGGGGAUGGAGGAGACAGGAUGUGUAAUAAUAGAACGUUAAGGUUGCUUGCAUACUAAUGUUUGUGAUGUACACACACGCAUCGAUUAUCAAUAGGGAAAAUGUGUCUCAAUGAUGUCGAUUAAAACACAAGUUUGUAAAAGAUGUUUGAUGCAAACACCCCUAACCUCCCUAAAUCCCAGUUCUAGGAGUGAACAGGGCAUUUAAGGGGUACUCCACCCAAAAAUAAUAAUGAUGUCAUGAAUUAACCCCCCCUGCCUACGUUGUUGCAAACCUCUAUACAUUUCUUCGUUCUGUUGAACACAAAGAAAGAUAUUUGGGAAAAUGUUAGCAGCUGACAUAGUAGGGAAAAUUUUAAAUGGUAGUCAAAUGUACCCUAGAGCUGUUUGCUUUCCAAAGCUCUUCAAAAUAUCUCAUUUUGUUUUCAAUAGAAAUAAUACAAUAAUGUCCCAGAAUGUCAAUGGCUAACAUUUUUAGAAUAUGCUUAUUUGUGUUCAUCAGAACAAAGAAAUGUAUAGGUUUGGAACCAUUUGAGGGUGUUUAUAUCAUGACAGAAUUUUCCUUUUUGGUAGGUGUAUUCCUUUAAGGGCUUACCUGAAAGCCAAUUGGGCAGCUACAUUUUAUGUUCUAUGUCAAGCGCAUGUUUUUAUUAUUAUUAUUUAGCCAGAUUGAUAAUUUUAAGAAUUCUAAAAUAAUUCUGAGAAUAACUGUAAUGAUAUGACAUGAAAUAACAGGUAAUAAUCUGAAAAUACUGAAAGAAAAAGCCAUUGUUAGGUACAUAAAUUAUUAUUUUGAAUCUGAAUAAGAUCCUUGCGGCAAUAUUAAUUUGUUUCCAUGCAAUUUACAACAAACGCAUCACACAACUACAACGGUGUAUGCACUCAACUUAAAAUGGUGCUAAAGUUAUCUUUCUUAUCAACUCUUGGGUACAGUCAUCGGUUUCAUUGUAAGGGUUUGUCUGUCAACAACAAACAAAACAAAUCCUCAUUUUGUUUAAGUUUCCUUCAGUGCUUCCUUCAACACCAUUAAAGCUCAUUGCACUGAAUAGAUUGCUCUUGGGAUUGGAACACCUGCAGUAGUUCGUCAAAAAUCUAAUUGUGCUUUCAUAAGAGCUGCCAGAUCCGGAAUAAUACAUGAAAGAAGCGAUCGCUCACCGAGAGAUAAAGCCCUGAGCUAAAACCAAACACGUUUUAUUGGAGAAUCUCAAAAUAGAUGUUUCUCCGAAGUUGCAUGUAUUUUUAGGCCCGAGUGAGGUGCCUUCAGGGUUUGAUGUAUCAGUCAAACCUUAAAAAAAACUAGUUUGGAAACACGGCCAUACUUUAUUCCUGAGAAGCACAAGAAGCACAUCAGAAGAUUCGGUGGAAGAGUUCGAAACAAAUUUUGGAGAGAAUCGAGAUAGUUACCUGUGAAUGGCAGGGUUCAGUCAUUGGGAAAUGUUGGAUAUGAAUCAACAGUUUAUUAGAACAUAUUAGAAGAGCAUUAUUUAUAUUAGACUUUUUUUAUUUGGUUGACACAGUGGUUUGUGUGGAGUGCUCCUAUAGUGUUUGUAUGUGACUAAAUAAUAUUGUUCACAUUUGUAACAUAAAGGAACUCUAAAUAAAGGAGAAAUAAAUGAA